AUGGAAAAUCAACAAUAAGUUCAAGAAAGUAAUGAUGAAACUUGGACAAAACUUGAUUUCUUAGAACUAAUUUCUGUGCAUGACAACAAAAGUAGACUAAAGACAUAUUAAUAUGAGAGAGGAGAAAAAUACAAGCCUCACCCACCUAAAGCUGUAAUUAUUUAUACUCAUGGCUUGGGUGCUUAUUUACUUAAACACUCUUAUAUUGCAAAAACUUUCUCAGAUUAAGGCUAUGAUUUCGUUGGCUAUGAUAGUCUUGGGUUUGGUUACAGUGAGGGAGAAAGAGGAGUAAUAAAUUCCUUUGAAGAUUAUUCUGAGGAUGUGCGUCAGUUUACAAUUAAAGUCUCUGAUUACUACAAUAAUCUUUACUUAGAUUUAGAGUCACCAAUACCAAUCAUAAACUAUGGCUAUAGUCUUGGAGCUAGAGCAGCAUUAACAGCACAGAGAAAACAUAAGCUCGACUGCAAUGCUAAUUUAUUCUCAGCUUUUGUUUGGCAGGCACCUGCUUUUGGGAGAAAAGUAAAAGAUCCUGAAUAUUUAGAAUUGCUAGACAAAUUAUGCGAGACAGAGCCCAAUAAAAUAGUUUCACAAACUAAGAUUUCCUCUAUUAAACCUAUUGAUGAUCCAAUCAGUUUUCGUGGUCCGUAUACAGCAAGAUCUCAGUAAUAGUACAUGAAUAUACCAUAGUAUUUAAGGGAUUUCUAUAAAGAGGUAACUGAGCCUGUAUUCGUUGCUUUAGCUAGUAACGAUUCAGUUGUUGAUAAUUAAGAUGUGUUAUCUACUUUGGAAUAGUUUGAGACUUCUAAAGAUUAGAUUGAGAUUAAAUUUUACGAGAGUGAGCACAACAUUUUAACUAAAGGAUAAGAAAUAUGGCGAUAAGUCACAAUCGAUGAAAUUUAGUUUUUAUCUCGAAUCUUGAAUUACUGA